GGGGCUCAGUAGGUUAAGCACGUUCGCUCACAUAACCACCUGGGUUCUGGAAUUAAAAAUCUGUCAACAGUGGAAAAUGCAUACGGACUUGGCUUCCCAUUUGCACACGCCGGCCUGCAACAAACUAAUUGAGGAGCUUCAAGCUUGCCACGACAACAACGCUUUCGGCAGGUUCAUUGGGAUCUGCAACUCGAUUGACGACAAGGUGGUAAAGUGCCUGAAGGGUGAACGCAUCGCUCGCUCCGCCGCAAACCGAGCCAAGGCCCGCGAACAGCAAGCCAGAUACAAGGAGAGACUGCUGCAUGGAGACACCGAAUAGCAUAAUGGCAGCCACCGCGGAUCCCCUGGAAGCCUUCUACUUCGAGCACGAGGAGCAGCAGCGCAUUUGCGGCCAGCCGGUGAGCCCCCCAUCACAGAUGGCUUCGACGCGAACUAUCCCAGUGUCGUGGAUCGCUUCUUCACACGCUACU